AUGGCGUCGGAUUCCGAGCUGCGUCGCUGGAUUAGCGACAAUAGCAUGCGUUUUUUCGGGCUCUCACAAUCCUCGAUCAUCGACUUUAUCCAAGUUUCUGCAUCCUCAGCAUCCACGCCAACUGACUUGUUCCAGAGCCUCACCUCUCUCGGACUACCUUCCACGGACGAGGCGCGCACGUUUGCCGACGAGCUCUACAGACGAGUGCCUCGCGCCAGUCAGAGCAACGCGCGACCAGCGCCGACCUCGUCGACCGAUCGUGCCAAGACAAGCGCCAAAAGCAGCAAGAAGCGCUACGGACUAAUUCUGGAUGAGGAAAAUGGGCAGGAGGAGCUCGCCAUCAAACCUGAAAAGAAGAAGAAGAAGAAGCAGGAAAUCGGCCUGGUCGAUCGAGAACCACAUCCAAGGUCGCGAUCACCAAGUGUUGACCAGCGACGAUCCAAAUCUCCUAGUCCGCGCAACGAUGCACCCGGAUCAGACCAAGACUCGCGCGAGCGUGCCCGUCUCAAGGACCUUGCCGAGAGGGAUGAAUUUGCAAGACGCAUGCGCGACAAGGACAAAACCAGCACCCGCAACGUCGUCGAAGAUCGCACCACUGCUCGUCUCAACCCAGAAGCUGCCGCGCGUCGCCUACUGGCAGAAGACGACGACGCACGUUCCGCAGCCAUGCCCAGCCUGCGCGACCGAUCAAGGCAAGAUUACCUCGCCAAACGCGCGCAACAACGCAUGCAACUCCUGCGGCUAGAAAUUCAGGACGAGGAGCGCUUUUUCCGUGGUCUAAAGAUGACCAAACGCGAAGAGCGAGAUCUCGAGUACAAGAAAGAGGUGCUGCGUCUGGCAGAAGAACGAGCGCGCAUAGAUGAUGGCGAUACUGGAUACAUGAUGCCGGAAGACUACAUUACCGAAAAAGGCAAACUCGACACAGCCAAAAAGGAGCAAGCCCUCUAUCAGCGUUACAAUGAUGCACGUUCCGAACGACUCGCCCAGCAGACGCACGUUACUGACGCCGAACAGUUCGAAAAAGAGCAGAUCAAUCGCUCGCGCUACGUCGCCGAGCCGUCCAACGAAGCAUCCAAGGAGCUUGUGGAGCAAUACGACUAUGUCUUUGACGAGAGCCAGACAAUUCAAUUUGUUGUCGAGUCGCAAAUGGCCGGCAUCUCUAACAACGCCAUGAGCGCCAAAGACAAACUGCUGCAACAACAGAUCGACGAGGCAGAGACAAAGGCAGCCAAGAUUCAGGCCACGCGCAAAUCGCUGCCUGUCUACGCGCUCCGACAAGAACUGCUCGAUGCUAUCGACGAGUACCAGGUGCUCAUCGUCGUCGGCGAAACAGGCUCAGGAAAGACGACGCAGCUGCCGCAAUUCUUGCACGAAGCCGGCUACACGAAGAACGGAAAGAAGGUCGGAUGCACGCAACCACGUCGUGUUGCCGCGAUGAGCGUUGCAGCACGUGUGGCCGAAGAGAUGGGCGUCCGUCUCGGUCGCGAGUGUGGCUACAGCAUUCGUUUCGAGGACUGCACGUCGGACGAUACGGUGAUCAAGUACAUGACCGACGGCAUGCUUCUUCGCGAAUUUCUGACGGAACCCGACCUGAGCUCGUACUCGGCAAUCAUCAUUGACGAAGCGCACGAACGGACGCUGAGCACGGAUGUGCUAUUCGGUCUAGUCAAGGAUAUUGCGCGCUUUCGACCCGACCUGAAGCUGCUCAUUUCGAGUGCUACACUGGAUGCUGAAAAAUUUUCCGAGUUCUUCGACGAUGCUCCGAUCUUCGACGUGCCUGGACGAAGGUAUCCCGUCGACAUCCACUACACGCCGCAGCCCGAGGCGAAUUAUCUGCACGCAGCCAUCACGACCGUGUUUCAGAUUCACACGACACAGCCGCGCGGUGACAUUCUCGUGUUCUUGACGGGCCAAGACGAGAUCGAUGCUGCCAUGGAGAAUCUUCAGGAGACGAGCCGUGCGUUGGGCAACAAGAUCGCCGAGCUGAUUAUUUGUCCGAUCUACGCCAACUUGCCGAGUGAGAUGCAGGCCAAGAUUUUCGAGCCGACACCCGAGGGGGCUAGGAAGGUAGUGUUGGCGACCAACAUUGCCGAGACGUCGAUCACGAUUGACGGGGUGGUGUUUGUGAUUGAUCCGGGGUUUGUCAAGCAGAACUCGUACAAUGCGCGAACGGGCAUGUCGUCGCUGACGGUGGUGGCGUGUUCGCGCGCGUCGGCGAAUCAGCGUGCUGGUCGCGCAGGCCGCGUGGGUGCUGGCAAGUGUUUCCGUCUAUUUACCAAGUGGGCAUUCCGUAACGAGAUGGAGGAGAACACGACGCCCGAGAUCCAACGAACCAAUUUGGCGAAUGUAGUGCUGCUACUCAAGUCGCUCGGUAUCAAUGAUCUGCUCAACUUUGACUUUCUCGAUCCGCCGCCGUCGGAUACGCUGAUGCGCUCGUUCGAGCUGUUGUACGCGCUCGGUGCGCUUAACGACAAGGGAGAGUUGACCAAGCUCGGACGUAGGAUGGCCGAGUUUCCGGUGGAUCCGCAGCUGUCCAAGGCGAUUCUGGCGAGUGAGACGUACCGGUGCACAGAAGAGGUGGUUUCGAUCGUGUCGAUGCUGUCCGAGUCUUCGGCGCUCUUCUUUCGACCGAAGGACAAGAAAAUGCAUGCGGAUCGCGCACGUGCCGCGUUUGUGCAGCCGGGCGGUGACCACUUGACGCUGCUCAACGUAUGGGAGCAAUGGGUACACAGUAACUACGACCAUCAAUUCUGCAUCGACAACUUUGUGCAGCCCAAGGUGCUCGCGCGCGUCCGCGAUGUUCGCGAUCAACUCUCACAGCUGUGCGAACGUGUCGAGCUGACACCGGAAUCCAACGCGGAUCCAUCCGACAUUUCAGGGAUCCAACGUUCGAUUCUUGCCGGCUACUUUAUGAACACUGCGCGCAUCCAGAAAGGCGGCGAGGCGUACAGGACUAUCAAACAGAACACUACGAUCCAUAUCCAUCCAUCCAGCUGUCUGUAUAAGCACAUUCCGCAACCGCCGUUCUUGUGCUUCUUCGAACUGGUAGAGACUAGCAAGAACUUCAUGCGCCAGGUGAUGCAGAUCAGGCCAGAAUGGCUCUUGGAGGUGGCCAAGCAUUACUUUACCAAGGAGGAUGUGCAGCAUGAUGCGAACAGGAAGGUGUAUAAGGGGCAAACGGCGAGUGCGGCUGCUCUGGCUGGUGCCAAGGGAGUCACGCGGUGA